CUCUCUUUCCAUCAACGUCAACUUGCGAUUUGUGUUUGCGUUGCGCUGCUGGAUUUGUAAUAUUUUCCAUUAAAUUAUAAGAAAUAUUUAUUAAUACAAAAUGUCACAUAUGGUUAAAAUGGAAAAUGGUCAAAGUCAAACCAUCCAAGAAAUGUUGGGUUGCAUUGAGCGGUAUAACCCGGAUCAUUUGAAGACAUUGGAAGCUUAUGUCGAGGAUCAGGCUAAAAAUAACACCUAUGAUUUGGAAGCAAAUCUAGCAGUACUGAAGCUUUACCAGUUCAAUCCGCAUAUGCUGAACUUCGAUAUCACCUACACAAUUUUACUUAAGUGCUUGACCAAUUUGCCACACACAGAUUUUGUUAUGGCAAAAUGUUUGCUACUUCCUCAGCAAAUGAAAGAUGGAACUGUGCAAACCAUAAUUGAUUUGGCAGAUAUACUGGAACGUACUGAUUUUACAUUAUUUUGGCAGCGGGCUGAAGUGAAUCGUGCUCUGUUUCGCCACAUAUCUGGCUUCCACGAUUCUAUACGUAAAUUUGUAUGCCAUGUUGUGGGAAUUACUUUCCAAACAAUCAGAAAAGAUUUAUUAAAAGAACUUUUGGGAGGUAUUGAAGACUCAACACUUGAACAAUGGAUUAAGAAAAAUGGUUGGAAGCACCAGGGUAAAUUGAUUGUCAUCGCUGUGCAAGAUGAAAAGAUUAAAACAAAAAAUAUAACAGAAAAAAUUGAGUUCGAUAACUUGGGUGGUUUGAUGGCUCAGUGUUUGUAAUUUGCAAAUCUAAGAAAUCAUCCUUUUUCAAUAGGGGUAUUCUCAGAGUCUUGCAAAGACUGCGCGGUGGACGGAUUGCAAAGCUGUCUCAUACGAAACCCGGUAUUUACCGUGCAAUCUGUGCAAUGUGCAAGAGCUUUGCAAGACUGCUAGAAUACCCAAAAUGAUAGUAAUCUAAUAAAUCUCGAUUUAUAUCUGUAUACGUAAA